AUGACUGAUCCACUACGUACCUACUUGGAGUUCGAUGUUCUGCCUUCUGGUGAGCGUAGCGUAGUGAAGAAGAAGCUGUACGGAAUAGAAUGGGAAACUGAGGCUUUUUUUCUUGAAUCAACGUUGGAAGUGACCUUGUGGUGUAACCGCGAAGUUGAGAGCAACGUAUGGCUCUGUGAAGUGUAUAUUAUCUUCGGACUUCCUUCUGUACGAAGUGAUUCUCUCGCGGUACAUGGGGAACGUAUUCGUGAAGCUUUGGUCAAAUUUCAUUCAUCUAAUCGCAAACAUUUGUUCGUAGUUCCUCGUGCUGAAUUGAAUUCAAAUCACCAAAAGUUCGAAAUAGCACUAGAGUUUCGCAAUGUCGUCGGCUACCGAUGGAAGUCAAUGUUCCCGAUUGAUUUCUUCAACCCUUCCGCUUUUUCGGACUUGUGCAUCCUUUUCCGAAAUACGUCUCGCAAACUUUAUGCCAAUUCUCAGUACCUCUCCAUCCAUUCGCCUUAUUUCGCCAAGAGCCUUGCGAAGACUAAUCGAGAGCUCAAAACCGCACCGUUUAUUGAUAACUCUUCAGAAGUAGACGAUACCAGCGAAUUUGACGUGAUGAGCCUAAGAAGUGACAUCUUGACUGCUUCCAACAAAACAAGCUGCCAGCCAGUUUCCCAUUGGUCCAACGACACUUUACUUCAGAGCGGUAAUGCUGAGUUGGGAACAGCUGAUGCAGCCAAUGCGACGAUCACUCUCGACGAUGUGGAACUCGAAGACUUUCUUGUGUUGCUUAGAGCGAUUUAUCCUCCUAGCAUCGAAAUAACUAAAGAAACGGUCCCUGCUCUUAUUUCUACUUCCUAUAUGUUUGAAGUCGACCAGGUCCGAUGGAGAUGUGAAGAUUUUCUGAUGUCAAAUGAAGGAAUUUCGGCGUUUGAUUUGUUAAAGCGAUUGGAAUACGCGAGUCUAUACAAAAUGGCAUCUUUACAGAGAUUGCCUACUGCAAACAGGGUGCGUGAGAUGUUGGAAGAUCCCAGAACGGAAAACAUUCCCAGUGAGGUCCGAUCGUUACUUCUGGAAACGCUACUUCAGCGUUUGAAGGCUGAGUCAAUAGUGGAUAAAGGUUCGAGAUCGGUGCAGACGUCUACUUUCAGUCGAUCCGCGGAUGAUUCUAAAGAAGAAGAAGAUGUGCACCUCGUUCCAAUUGAAAAGGUUUCACUCAUGAAGUCCGAGCUUUAUAAGGAGAGAAUGAUUCCGUUGUUGGUGGCUCAUUGUUCUCGUAAAUUUGAUGCUUUCCCACAAGCACUUGUCGAAGGAAUAGCAUCUGCAAUAAUUUCUGGUUUCGACUUCCAAGACCAACUUCACAAUGAUGCUUUCAUGAUUCACGAACUGAAGGUUACAAUUGAAAAGCAACUGCGCGCCGAUUUCGAAGUGCUAUGCUCAAAUGUGAAGGCUGUGAGUGAGGUUGUUGGUGGGCAGUUUGUCACGGCUACAGGGUAA